AUGGCAGAUAACCUAGAGCACCCAGACCACGGCAAGGAUACCCCUUACUUUGCUUACUACGCCGCACUCGUUAACCAGGCUAAUAUGCUCAUGGAUUCUGCUCGUACUGGUGUUUAUCAGCAAAGCAUCCUUGGUAACUCUCAAACGGCUUUCUUGGGAAAGGAUGUACUCGACGUCGGUGCUGGCUCCGGCAUUCUCUCCUUCUUCAGCGCUCAGGCAGGUGCUAAAACCGUUUACGCUUGCGAAGCUUCAGAUAUCGCAUCGAAAUUGCAGCUGAUUGUCGAUGAAGCUGAUAAUGGUGGCAAGAAUGCCUUCCUCAAGGAUAAAAUUAAAGUUGUUAAAUCUAAGAUAGAAGAUGCUGCUACUAGCCAUUCGAUACCCAAAAAGGUUGAUACUAUCGUCAGUGAACCAAUCGGUGUUCUCCUCGUUCAUGAACGUAUGAUUGAGUCUUUCAUCGAGGCACGCGAUAAAUUCCUUAAGCCCGGUGGAUCCAUGUUCCCUUCGUCAGGAACAAUUGAACUUGCCCCAUUCACUGAUGACGCCUUAUACACUGAGACAGCACAGAAAAGUGGAUUUUUCCAGCAAACUAACUUUCUCGGCGUUGAUUUGAGUGUUUUGCAAGACGCUGCAAAUGAAGAAGCUUUUAGUCAACCCGUCGUUGGAAUGUUCCCACCAAACCAACUUAUCGCAAACACUACAAACAAUCACCUCAUAGACUUUUAUACAUGCUCGAUGAACGAUCUAACCUCAUUCACUAUACCAUUCACCUGGCAAAUCACACGAACGGCACUUUUGCAUGGAAUUGGUGGAUGGUUUGACCUGCAUUUCAAAGCAACACAAGCAGGUGGAUUGGAUUUAUAUCUUUCUACAGGUCCAACAGCUCCACGUACUCAUUGGCAAGCUACGCGACUGCUUUUUAGGGAACCAUUAGCAGUAAACGCGGGAGAAGUGGUUAAAGGGGAGCUUAAAUUUAGUGUGAACGAUCAAAGAAGCUAUGAUAUAGUUGGUACAACAGAAAUACAAACGUCCAAGGAAUUCUACACAGCUCAACAUCCUCAAAGUAAAUCAAACCCUUACGUCAGAAAACAAGUAUGGAGAUUACAUGACCAGACGUAUAAUUACAACUACAGCAAUAUGUAUCACAUACCAGAGAGCAUGGCAGCUGCAUAUUCAGGAUAUGAGCCAGUUGCUUAG